AUUUUUACCAAAUUAACAUCAUCAUCAUCUCUGUCAUCGCCAAAAAAUGGGUAAUCCUCUUCCACUAAACUUGGCACAAGAAUGUCGAAAAGCGGAAAAAAUCUUGGCAGAAUUCGUUGAUCCGGCAAAUGGUGGAUUGGAUAGAGUCAUUCCAAUGUCCGUCUUACGAAAAGCUCAAGGUUUGGCAAUCUUUAGUGUGGCUCGUCUAGGUUUCUUAAUGAGCGCAAGAGCAGGUUCAGGUGUCGUACUUGCACGUUUACAGGAUGACUCUUGGUCUGCACCUUCAGCAAUAGGUUUGGGUGGAGUCGGAGCUGGAUUCAAUGCAGGUUUAGAAGUGACUGAUUUCGUGAUUGUGCUAAAUAGCAAACAGGCUGUACGUAGUUUCAUGGCAACUGGAAGCUUGCAAUUAGGUGGAAACUUGUCGGUUGCAGUCGGGCCAUUAGGGCGAGCGGCAGAAGCGACAGGGGCUGUGAAUUCUUCGGGAAAUCUUGCUGCCAUGUUUUCUUACUCGAAAAGUAAAGGAUUGUAUGGCGGUGUUUCGGUGGAAGGUACAAUUCUCAUAGAUCGCUCAGAUGCCAACUCAAAAGCAUACCAUCGAAGUGUGACGGCUAAACAAGUCCUUUCUGGAAGUACGGAAAUACCCGGCUUUUCAACUCCUCUCAUUUCUCUGAUUGAAAAAUACACAAUGACCGGACAAAUGCGUGCAGAUAUGGACGGAAGAUCAGCAAGUGCAAGAGGAUAUGGAAAUUAUGACGAUAACGAUCUAGACAGCUUAGACCGUGAGUUUGGAGCGACAAACAUAUCACGGAAUUCAUAUUCGCCUUCAGAUGACUACGAAGACAAAAACCCAUUCAGUCGAACAAACAGCAAUUCUACUUCAGGCUAUGCUUUUGGAUCGGCACAAGGUGGAAGUUUGACAAACUCACCAACUCGAACGAAAAAGUCAUUUUUGGGUGGCAAUUCAUCAAGUGUACGUGCGACGGACUAUGGUGGCGGUCAAUCGGAAACGUUUGAUUUGCCAUACACUGCAGCCUCGACCAAAUACCCAGGUCGUAACACAUCGUCUAACGAUACAUUCUCACGAUCAGGCGUACAGGCAAGGCGAUCCAGCGCAUCUACUGGCAUGCCUUUCACAUACGAUCACGAAAAUGAUGCGAGAGCACGUUCACAAAAAGCUUUCGCAAAUUUCCCGACAAAGUUUGAACGAGAUGAUACGGACGAGGAUGAGCACUAUGAUGCCAGGAAUGGAAAUGGUUCAGCCAACAAAGACCCUUUUGAUUUCGUGGAAGACUCGUACAGUAGCCCUUCAUCUGCUCGUCGAUCGCCACUCUCUUCACGUCGUCGAGAUCCCUUUCAAGCACCUCAAGCUGAUCUGAUCGAUUUCGGGGGAGAUGAUGAUCUUCCUUCAAGAUCAUACGGACAAUCUUCCCGACGCAAAGCAACUGGAAUGGAUUCUUUGGACGAAGAAUUACAGCAGAGACGAGAAAGUGUCGAUACCGACGAAAGUCGAGAUCGAUACUCUUAUGAGAAAACUCGCAACACGACCGCAACUGCAGGAUGGAGAGCGGAUUACGGAUUACCAGAUGAUGAUUAUGCUGCCCCACCACCACCGACACGCCCACCGAUGCAUCAAAGAACAAGUAGUGCACAAAAGCUAUGGAAUCGUGUUCGUGGCAACAGUCAAAGCGCUCAAAGAAGUGCAUUUGCGGAAUCUUGGGAAGCACGUCAAGCAAGUCCAAAACCUUUCUACUCAGAAUCCAGCUCACGAAAACGAUCAGGUAGUAAUGCAGCCCACCGUACAACACCAUCACCUGGACCGGAUUAUUUGGGCAGAGGUACAACUCCGCCUGCUGCAUACGUUGCAGCUGCGAUCGGCAGAACUGGAUCGGCAACUCCUACGGCGGGCUUAAUAAGUGAAUCAAAAUCACAUAGAGCCACACCACCUAUUCCGACCACGGUAGAAGUACAAGUGCUAGCACAAUUUGAUUUUGUUGGAGAGGAAGAAAACGACUUAAGUUUCAAACGGGGCGAUGUGAUUGAUAUUUUACGUAAAACGGAUAAUCGGGAUGACUGGUGGCUGGGUCGUUCGGCGGACGGAAGGAUGGGAAACGCUGACCAAAUUUGCAUCCCACAGUUUACCUGCUAAUUAUACCACGGAUCUAUAAUUAAUUGCACUUAGGACAUGAAUUAUAUACCAUUUUCAAAUACAUACAGUAUUAUGCCC